AUGGAUAACACCACCUCAAGGUUCAGCCACAAUGGACAGGUAGACUUCAUCCUGGUGGGACUCUUCCGUCAAUCCAAACACCCUGCUCUGCUUUGCCUGGUCAUCCUUGUGAUUUUCCUGAUGGCCUUGUCUGGAAAUGCACUCCUGACCCUUCUUAUUCGCUCUGACACCCGCCUCCACACCCCCAUGUACUUUUUCAUCAGCCAGUUGUCUCUCAUGGACAUGAUGUACAUUUCCACCACGGUGCCCAAGAUGCUCAUGGACCAGGUCCUGGGUGAGAACAAGAUCUCAGCCCCUGAGUGUGGGCUGCAGAUGUUCCUCUACUUGACACUGGUUGGUUCAGAGUUUUUUCUUCUGGCAUCCAUGUCCUACGACCGCUACAUGGCCAUCUGCCAUCCCCUGCGCUACCCCAUCCUGAUGAACCACAGAGUAUGUCUCCUCUUUGUAUCUGGCUGCUGGUUCCUGGGGUCGGUGGAUGGCUUCAUGCUGACUCCUGUGACCAUGACCUUCCCCUUCUGUGGAUCCCGGGAGAUCCAUCACUUCUUCUGUGAAGUCCCUGCUGUGACGAAGCUGUCCUGCUCAGAUACCUUGCUCUAUGAGAUGCUCAUGUACCUGUGCUGUGUCCUCAUGCUCCUCAUCCCUGUGACAGUCAUCUCAAGCUCCUACACCUUCAUCCUUCUCACUGUUCUCAGGAUGAACUCGGCAGAGGGCCGGAAGAAGGCGCUGGCCACCUGCUCCUCCCACAUGACUGUGGUCCUUCUCUUCUACGGUGUCGCUGUCUACACCUACAUGCUCCCCAGCUCCUACCACACCCCCGAGAAGGACAUGGUGGUGUCUGUGUUUUACACAAUACUCACUCCUGUAUUGAAUCCUUUGAUCUAUAGUCUUAGGAACAAGGACGUCACAGAAGCUCUGAAGAAAAUGUGCAGCAGGAGACCUGCCUUUUGA